AUGCCUGACCUGAAACGUCACGCCAGCGCCAUACGAGCCAUGCAGCGACGGAGCAAAGACCUGUUUAUAAAAGUCAAAUGAAUGUAAUAAUUAUAUGUACUAUCAUGCAUUAUAGCUGAUAGCUAAACACUGUAAAGUAAAUUACACCAUGCCAAAAUCAAACAAAAAAUCUAGCGUACAGCCUUCUAUUAGCAGAUUCUUUAGCGGAUUUAAGAAGAAAACAGAAGGGGAUGGUUCUGCAGCAGAUGCACACAGCUUUGCCGCUAAGCACUUCGGAGGCAAGGGGAUAAAGAAGAAACUGUGUGAAGAUGAGGGUGGAUCGCAAAUAAAACGGGUUCGGAUUUCCCAUGACUGGGAAAAGGAUAACGCAAUCUGCAGUGACAGAAUUGAAGGUGAUGGGCAAGUCAACUCUAGAAGCAGUUUGUCGUCUGUCACCUUGCACCGGCUCAGAAGCUUCAGGUGCCCUGGAGAACCAGAGGACAACAGAAGCCCUGGGCUGAUGGUGGGAGGUAGUGGGACUGAGAGCCAUAAUGUGGGACAUGGAGAGGGACCAUCUAACAGUGUGGGAUGGAAGCCAGAGGAAGAGGAGACGAGUCUGGGUGUAUCAUCAAAAAAUCAGGGCUUUACCCUGAGUCACUUUGCCAGCUCGAGCAGUGGAGGUGCCGUAGGGACAAGCACUGCUCAGAAAAAUUCCAGCGACAGCAGUAGCAUCAACAGGAGAACCAAAAGCAUCUACACUCCUCUGGAGCAACAAUUCAUGGACAUCAAGGGGCAGCACAAAGACGUCCUUCUGUGUGUUGAAUGUGGCUAUAAGUACAGGUUCUUUGGGGAAGAUGCAGAGAUUGCAGCAAGGGAACUGAACAUUUUCUGCCACAUGGAUCAUAACUUCAUGACGGCCAGUAUCCCCACGCACCGUCUGUUUGUUCAUGUUCGGCGUCUGGUAUCCCAGGGUUACAAGGUGGGCGUGGUGAAGCAGACGGAGACCACCGCCCUGAAGGCCUCUGGUACUAACAGGAGCUCCCUCUUCACGCGCCAGCUCAGUGCCCUGUACACCAAGUCCACCCUGGUUGGGGAAGAUAUGAACCCACUGCUGAAGCCAGGAGACCUGGAGGAAGCUGCAGAUGUGGUCGAUACCCCUAACAGCUACCUGAUGUGUGUGAGUGAGAGCUGGGACAGCGUGAAGAAGCAGCUGACAGUGGGGCUUGUGGCAGUGCAACCCUGCACAGGAGAUGUGAUGCUGGACUGUUUCUCUGACGGGCCCUCCCGUGCGGAACUGGAAACCCGCGUGAUGCGUGUCCAGCCCGUGGAGGUCCUGGUACCUACCGACGUCUCUGAAGAGACGGAGCGCUUGCUGCGGGGAAUCGCAUCGGCCAGUGUGCAGGCUGAUGACCGAAUUCGUAUCGAAAGGCGAGAUUGCUCCCAGUUUGAGUUCUCCAGUGCCCUGCAGAUUAUUACAGAUUUUUAUUCAAACUCGUCCUGUCAAGAAUCAGAGAUAAGUGAAGAAUCCCAGUCUCUUUCCAGUGUGAUUAGCAUGGAAACUCCCGUGAUCUGUUGCCUUGGCCCAGUGAUCCAGUACCUGACUGAGUUUAACCUGGAAAGAGUACUGCUCUCUGCCAGCUCUUUCCGGAGGCUUUCAUGUGCAGAUGACUGCAUGAUGCUUAGUGCCACCACCAUGAGGAACCUGGAGGUUCUGUGCAACCAGACUGACGGUAGGAUCAGGGGGAGCCUGUUGUGGGUGCUGGAUCACACCCAGACACCAUUCGGGAAGAGACUGCUGAAGAAAUGGGUGACCCAGCCUCUGAAGUCCGCUGCAGAAAUCCGGGAACGUCAGGAGGCUGUGGCUGAGAUCCUGUCUUCCGAUUCCAGCGUCCUCCUCAAUGUCCAAGCCCUCCUGAAGCGACUGCCUGACCUAGAGAGGGGCAUCUGCAGCAUUUACCACAAGAAGUGUUCCACUCAGGAGUUCUACCUCAUUACGAGCACUCUGUCACGAUUGGCGGCGGAGUUCCGGGCUCUUGUUCCAGCUGUCCAAUCACAGUUGAGCAGUACUCUCCUGAAGGACCUCCUCCUGCCUGUACCCCAGAUGCUUGCUCCUGCUCAGCAGUUUUUGAAUGUUCUCAACGAGAAAGCAGCUAAGGCAGGUGAUAAGACUCAGCUUUUUUCUGACCUGACUGGCUUCCCUGUUAUAUUGGAGAGGAAGCAAGAGAUCCAGUCUGUUCUGUCUGAAAUACUAGAACACAAGCGAGAAGUUCGGCUGGUACUGAAGAACCCUUCCCUGGAUUACGUGACAGUGUCUGGUCAGGAGUUUCUCAUUGAGGUGAAGAACUCUGUGGUAUCUGCAGUUCCACAAGACUGGGUGAAAGUCAGCAGCACAAAGGCUGUGUCCCGCUUCCAUACGCCAUUUAUCAUCGAGAGACACCGGCAAAUUCUGCAGCUACAGGAGCAGCUGGUAAUUGACUGCAGCCAAGAGUGGAUCAAUUUCCUUCAUCAGUUUGGAGAACACUAUCACAUCAUGAAGAAAGCUGUUCAUCACCUUGCAACGGUGGACUGCUUCUUCUCAUUAGCUGAUGUUGCUAAACAGGGCAAUUACUGCAGGCCACUGGUUCUUGAAGAGGACAGGCAGAUUGUAAUAAAGGAGGGGAGGCACCCUGUCAUUGAUGUGCUGAUAGGUGAGCACAACCAGUAUGUGCCCAAUGACACACAUCUACAGGGAAAUGGCAGGCGGGUCAUGAUCAUCACUGGGCCAAAUAUGGGGGGAAAGAGCUCUUACAUCCGGCAGGUGGCCCUCAUCGCAGUCAUGGCCCAGUUAGGUUCCUUUGUGCCAGCGCAAGAAGCCACAGUCAGUGUUCUGGAUGGCAUCUAUACCAGGAUGGGUGCCUCAGACAACAUAUCUCGGGGUAGGAGCACAUUCAUGGAGGAGCUGCUGGAGGCUUCGGAGAUCAUGGCUCGGGCCACGCCAAAGUCCUUGGUCAUCCUGGAUGAGUUGGGGCGAGGCACCAGCACCCAUGACGGCAUUGCCAUUGCCUAUGCUGCCCUGGAGUUCUUCAUUAGGGAUCUGCGAGCGGAUCACCAACAUGGUGGACCACUUCAUCUUAUUGGCGAUGCCAGGCUUUUUAUUAUUGUCACUAUUUUUAUUCAUUUUGCUAAGCUGAUUUGUGAACAGUAUAAUAGCACAAUAUGUCUCUCAUAGUCUUGAUGUCAUCAUAGCACCAACGUUAGUGGGACAGCCCAUCAAUAAAGCAGCUACAAAUUCCUACAAUUGGCGCUAUAGUUUAUGUAGGCCUGUGAGGGGGAAACAACACAAGGCAGGAGCCACUUGAGGUCAGAAUCCUGUUACAGUGUGUACUCUAGGGGCUAUUGCACGCUAUUGCACGUCUCCGUAGCGACUGCUGCCUUUGGUCUUGCUGGCAGUGCGGCACGCCUGCACCGCGAGCUUUGCCACCUGAGGGAGAACAUCGCUGGACGUCCAUGGGGGACCUCGUUUGCAGUCAGAACGCCCACAUAGCUGGGUUGUUUUUUUAGAGUGUCGUCAGGUCCCCGGGUGCUGAUUACUGCUUGGGUGUAGGGUGGGUCUACACAGAAGGCCCCCUGGCACAUCUCCACGUGGGGGCCCUCUGAACCGCGGGCUAAUUAGUGCACUCUGGUGAGAUUCACCAUCCAUGGUACGAGAAGACCAGGCCUGUCAGCUGAAUAUUUCCCAGCGUACAGAAGCACAGAGAAAAAAGAAUUAUCGCACAACAGAGAAUUAGAAGAGAGCAGAGUCAGGGCGUAAUAUCUAAACUAAGCAGAAGUGUACUUUGUGUCCAAUUGAAUAGGUUCAUUGGUACCCAUAUUGUUUUUGUGCUUGCAUUUCCAUGGAAGCAUUUAACAGAUGAAUAUUUUAUUCGAAUGAAAAACAUAGCAGUGUAUUUAAGAGAUUCUCCUCUAAUUCACCAAAAAUAUCUUGAUCAAAUUAAAUUUCAUUAACCUAUUAUUAGCUAUUUUCAGAGUAACCUAUUUUAUCCUGACACUAGCCACACAAAACGGAUGAAUGUAAAGGUAUUGAAAUGUACAUUUACUGUGCAAUACUGUCUUAUAAUCCAUCCUGGAGCAGAAUUUGUUGGUCAACAUUUUGCUACAAUUGUCCUUAUAUUAUUUGAUCUAUAAAUAUUCAUAUAGCAUAACUCUGCCAUUGUUGACAGCCUUGAUGUGUGGCUGUCUAUGCCUAUAGGUUAGGAGGGAGAUGCUUGUUGCCAUAGUGAAGCGCUUAGGAUGCAUUUGCAGCAUUGAACUCGCUGGUGCUUUGAUGACAAGCUUCCUGUUGCUGUCUGCAGAUCCCGGUGCUUCUGAACAGCCUCAGAAAUACACACAUUGCAGACACUGUACUUUGCUUUCCUGCAGUGUUGUAAAAAGAUUAAAUGAUUGUGUUUUGUAUUCUGACUAUACCACCGGGCACAUUAUCGUAGCGUGUCGCUUCUGAUCUGCAUACUCAUUUUCAUUCGCUUAAAUUGUUCUGUCUUCCUUUGCUGGCCAUCUUCAGAUAGAUGAGUCACACAUGAAAUGAUUUCCCCUAUCACCUGGCUAGCUUCCCGUCACUGAACCUGUGGGCACGCUUAGCCUCUUAGCGAGUCUGGCCUUGCUAAGCUUCUUGGCUCUCAGCUUCGUCAAUUACCAGAUAAACGCACUGCUUUUUAAACCAUCAUUACACCACUCAGCCACCUUCAGGAUUUGCUUCACAGUGGCUUAAGAACUGAAUUUGCAUUCUAAUACAGGGAAGAAGGAUGUGUUUGCAAACAGGAAAAGGUCUGCCUAAAUGAACAGGUGCAAAUUUAGCCUGUGAGAGAAAUAAACGAUGUGAAAACAAUUUAUCACAUAUUAGUAACUUGGAAUAUAAUGUGUGAAUGAAGUUUUGGCUAUUGGGGCUUCGCAUGUUGUUGCUUGUUUGGGUUUUGAAAGAUAAAGCUGAGACUGUAAUAUGGUUCCUUGUUGUCUGGUGUGUAUAUAGUUCCUGCAUGUGCAAAUAUGUAGAUAUACGGUUGCCUUGGUGGUUCCUGUUCAUCCUCGCCAGUUUGUUAAUCCCUGUCUUUGUUGAAUUAAACGUGUUUUUCAGCAUUUGACUGCAGUAAAUAUUUAACUUAGCAGCUCAGACAGAGUAUUACUUCAGGAAACAACCUUUGGGAUAUUGAAGUGCAUGCUACUCCACAUUUGCCAUUGCAUAUGCUGCCCUGAAGUUCUUCAUUAGGCAUAUGAGUGCUGGAUACCAGUAAAGUCCGUCAACUAAGAGAGACUGAGUCCAGGAGCCUUGUGACCAGUAAAAUCGCAUCAUCCACUUUCAGAUUGCAAAAGAGGAACUGCAACAGCAACACAUUUGUUUGUUAAUUGCCCUUGCAAAAGUUUUAAAACUCUCAUGAUGCUCCAUUUCUCAUAAUUUUGCAGCGCAGGACCAAAUUAAGUUGCUUCAAAAUAAUAAUGACUGUGAUUUCUAAUGAUGAUUAAUAAGGCUUGCUCCACGUCAGAGGUAAUUAAGUGUUGCUGUAUCUUAAGUCGAGCCAUAAAAACAUACAGCUCUAAAUUUAAAAUUUAACUGUAUAUUUUCUUAAAAAUAAAAAUCAAGUAUUUUAAAAUUAAAGUGAGGCUGAUUUUUUUAUGUAAUUUUUUGUUGUUGUUUGUUUGCUUGUUUAUCUAUCCUGAGCCAUGAUACCAUGAUCUCCUUUCCAUAUCUGGCCAAACAGGUGAAGUCUCUGACGCUCUUCGUAACCCACUAUCUCCCGCUGUGCGAGCUUGAGAAAACCUUUCCGCCGCAUGUUGGUAAUUACCACAUGGCCUUCCUGUUGAACGAGCCGGAUGAACACGAUGAUC